AUGGUUCGCCCAGCGCCGCGGCGCGCCGCACUCGCCGCCGUGGCGGUGGUUCUGGGGCUUCAUUCCUCCAGAGGCUUCCUAGGCGGCUUUUUCAAUCCGCCCCGCAGCGACUUUCAAGGAGAUUUUCCAGCGCAGGGCCAGGCCGCAAGCCUCUUUACGGGCCACCAGCCUGGUACCAGGACGGCGCAUGUCACCAUGAGGGCAGGUGCCGAGGAAGAGAGUCUCCAGUCCGCCAUCAAAGGUGGCAACAAGGACCGGAUUACCAAAGCGAUUGAGGGCCUUCCGGCCCCUCCAAAGAGCGCCAUGAAAGAGGUGGAGGGUGACUGGCAGGUCACUUGGGACAGCAACAGCCUUGGACCUACCAAGAAGACGCUUCUCAAGCUGGUCUGCGACCAGCUACCCAACACAAUGGUAGAAUUCUACAGGCAGUACAAUUUGAUCCAGGAUGGCAAGUACUACUGGCUGCAGGCCUUCACCAUGGAUGGCAUCCAGAGAACCAAUGCCGCACUGAUGAUGUCCGGCAGCUGGAAAGCAGCCAAGUCUGGCAACAAGGGCACUGUGGACUUCAGCGAGGUCCAGAUUGUGCCGUCGAGGCACGGCUCUGCGGAGAGCCGGGAAGCCAUCCGAUCUACUGGCCUGGACAGAUACAUGAAGCCAAUGAAGCUGAAAGAUGGAGGGCCGGUGGAGGUUUCUAUUAGCUACGUCAGCGACGAGACGCAGGUUCAACAAGAUGAAGUGGGCAAUACCUACGUGUUCAAGCGGAUGUCGGAUUCUUAUCCGAUCCCUUAUAUUUUCGCGGACAAGAAGGCGGAGAGCUGA